AUGGACAGCUUCGAGAAGCAUGGCUUGAACGAGGACGACUUUGGCGCAAAGACCGGCAUCGUCAGCGCCUUUGAUGCAUUCCCUAAAUCCAAGCCGCAGUAUGUGACGCAGACGUCUGGUGGUGGAAAAUGGACUGUUGCCAUGCUCCUCAUCUCCAGCAUAUUCAUGUGGAAUGAGCUCGGCCGCUGGUGGCGCGGAACUGAGGCCCAUACGUUUGCAGUUGAAAGGGGCGUAGGGCACGACAUGCAGAUCAAUCUCGAUAUUGUCGUCAAGAUGAACUGCGACGAUUUGCACGUCAACGUCCAGGAUGCCUCGGGAGAUCGCAUCCUUGCUGCGGACAAGCUGGCUCGCGAGGCCACCACCUGGAGCCAGUGGGUUGAUGAAAAGGGCAUGCACAAGCUCGGCAAGAACGAGAAUGGCCAACUCGACACGGGCGUUGGUUGGCACUCGAGACACGACGAGGGCUUUGGCGAAGAGCAUGUUCAUGACAUUAUUGCUCUCACCCAGAGAAGGGCCAAGUGGGCAAAGACCCCUAGGCCCAAGGGAAAGCCUGACAGCUGCCGCAUGUUUGGAAGCCUGGACUUGAACAAGGUGCAGGGAGACUUUCAUAUCACGGCCAGAGGCCACGGCUACAUGGGAAUGGGCCAGCACUUGGACCAUGAUAAAUUCAACUUUUCUCACAUCAUCUCGGAAAUGUCGUAUGGCCCGUACUACCCAUCGCUCGUCAACCCUCUUGAUCGCACCGUCAACUCGGCCAUUGUCCACUUUCACAAAUUCCAGUACUAUCUCUCCGUGGUCCCUACCGUUUAUCUUGCCAACCGCAGAAUCGUCAACACCAACCAGUACGCCGUCACUGAACACAGCAAGACAAUCUCGGACCAUCAGAUUCCCGGCAUCUUUUUCAAGUACGACAUUGAGCCCAUCCUGCUGAGCGUGGAGGAAAGCCGUGACGGGUUCUUAUCUUUCGUGAUCAAGAUUGUCAACAUCUUCAGUGGCGUCAUGGUGGCUGGCCACUGGGGCUUCACGCUGAGCGACUGGAUCCGCGAGGUUAUCGGCAAGAGGCGCCGGAGCAACGGCGGUGUUGGUGUUUUGGGCAACAAGCAUGGAUUUGACGAGUAA